UUUUGGUAGUUGCCUUGUUCCCCACCCCUAUAUAAAUACAUACUACUGCGUAUCUCGAUUUUUGCUUAUUGAUUCUCAAUUUUCACUUGUCAGGGCUCUUUAUCAACCGAUUUUGUGAAAACUUACAGAGAAGACAUAUAUAGCGUCCAUAACUUCCGUUUAUAUUAAUUUACAAUAUGGCCGAGGAGGGUUACAAGGUGACAUUGCAUGCAUAUGAUUUGAGCGGAGGUUUAGCUCGCCAGCUUUCCAUGUCAUUCUUAGGAAAGGCUAUUGAAGCAAUAUGGCAUACAGGUGUGGUGGUAUAUGGUACUGAGUACUAUUUUGGGGGUGGAAUCCAACAAACUCCUGCUGGAACAUCCCCAUAUGGUACUCCGAUGCGAGUAAUUGAUCUUGGUGUCACCCAUGUUCCGAAAGAUGUGUUUGAGAUGUAUUUACAGGAGAUAAGUCCACGCUACACUGCUGAAACUUACAGUUUGAUGACACACAAUUGUAAUAACUUUAGCAAUGAGGUUGUACAGUUUUUGGUGGGUGCUUCUAUCCCAGAGUACAUCCUCAACCUCCCUAACGAAGUCAUGAGCAGUCCAAUGGGUGGACUUAUAAUGCCUAUGAUACAAAAUCUAGAGACCACCUUACGAGCAGGUGCCGUUCCACAAGCUCCUCAGUUUAUCAGUCCAUCUCCGGUGCUUCCAGCGCCACAAGUAGCAAAGAAAGUCGAUACAUCAUCAGAAAAACAGAGUAAUGCGAACAACACUGAUGUGAAGUUGAAAGCUGAAAAUGUGGUUCCACCUGCAGUCGUUCCAGCUGGAACACCACAAGAGAAACCAGUAGUUGAUCCUCUUGGAGAUGCUAGAAGCAAAGUGCAAGAAGAGAUCGGAAAGGAAUUCGCUGCAAUCAUGGCAAGUGGGACCCUCCGUGCCAGUGAGGCUGCAGCCCUUGCUACCAAGAAGGUGAUGCAGAAAUACGGGCACAUGAAUGCUGCACAAAGCUGAGACAGGUUUUGUGCUUUAUUUUCCUAACAUAUUCGAUUGGAUGUGUUCCCAUUUAAGAACGAUACUCUGUAUGUCUUGAAAAAUAAUUAUUUUUAUCAAAAAUUAUUUAUCAA